AUGGAGUCGGCGCUGAAGAAGUCUCUGCUGGCGCCCAUAAAGACGCUGAAGUUCUGCGUGAGCGGAGAGAAGCUGCCGUCCGGCAGGACCAGACACGGGGCCUGGAGAGGCUCCAAACGCCAGGGGUCAAAGGGCAGGAGCUGCGUGCCUGACCCCCGUCUGCUGCGAUCCUAUCAGGCCGAGCUGGAGAGAGAGAGGAAACUACGUGAGGCUGUGAACGCUCAGAAGAACGCAGAGAGAGCUGCGAUGAGAGCGCAUUUCAGGAGGAAAUACCAGCUGACCAAGAAUGCCAAGGACGCGGAGCAGCUGCGAGCCGCGGGGGGGAAAGUGUGUCUCCCGCGAGAUCUGGCCAAGAUGGUCAGUCACGAAGCCCCUGCUAAAGAUGACAGCUUCCGUCUGCGGAGCGCCUUCCAGAGCCUGAGCCUCAGCACCGGCAUCUUCACGGGAAAACCGAGCCGAGUGCCCUCGUCAGCCAAUGAGACGCAGCCCUGCAGGGUCAUGUGA